AUGGAUAAAAUUAUAACAAAUGCAAAUGAAAUAUUGAAAAAUAAUGCGUUGUUAUUUAAACGACAAAUUAAUUCAACGGCCAAUGGUAAUUUUACCUUUGGAAGCUUUUUAAAUGAAGCUCGAAAUGAAGCUCUUACGAUAACGAAAUUGAAUCCAAUAAUACUGUUUAUGAUCGGCGGAUUUAUAAUAAGUCUCGUGGGUUUAUAUAUCUACGCACGAAAACAGUUCCCUGAUGGAAGAAGUACAGUAAUAUUCACAUUCACAUUGUUCGCAGUCGAUAUGUGUCUAGAUAUAGUAUUUUUGGUAAAUAACGUCAUGGCCGUUCCGAACUUAUUUCUUCCAAGCUUAAUAGCAUUAUUAGGACCAGCAGGAUUCAAUAUUUUGUUUGCAUUUGUAAUAAUGAUACAACAAACGUGUAGUCAGGAUAAAUUUAGUGAAUGGAUAUGUAGACAUAGUUGCAUAGCGACAAUUUUCACUCUAUUUUCCGCAUUUCAUAUAGAAGUUCUGAGGCUACUUACAUCGAAUUUCUUACAUUCGGAUGUAUUUAAUGCUCCAUUCAAUUGUAAAGCUCAAAAAUGUCUAUUCAUAGCUGGACUAUUUAAUGUUAUUAUUGAAGAUUUGCCCCAAUUUAUCAUACUU